CUGGGGGUCCUUUAACCUUGGCCCUCCCUACUCUAGAAUCACCGUCUCCCCCGGCUUCUUGAAGUACAUUUCCCGAGUAUCUGUGGAGUGAGCUAGAGGGAGGGGACAGGGGGAAGUUCCCCUCAGCCACUCCAGCCUUCCAACCUGCUCCCUCUCUCUGUACCUCUUGUUUCCAGGACCCUUGGCCAGAACCAGAGAGAGUCUGGGGGUGGGCAGGGUGCCCAUGUGGCAUCUCUGGACCAUCCUCCUGCUGGUGCCACCCUUGGGGGGCCUAGGACCACCCCUCUGCCCCCGGGAGCCCUUCUACUUCCUCAUUGCCAUCAUGAAGAUGCUGGGCAACAAAAAUGAUGGCACCCUCUACACCCCAGAUGAUCUUUCGGUGUGUCCUGCCGAGACUCUAGGCUGCUUCCGGCUGGAGCUGUCUGUGAUUGGGUUCGAGGAGGGCCCAUUGGUGGGGACUGCUGUGUUCCGGCUGCAGCGCUUACUGGAUGCCCUGGGGUCCCGGCUGUGGGUGACUGGCCAGGGCCCUUGUCCACCCUGUGAAGGACACCCCCAGAGACCUGUCCCUCUCUUUCUGGCCAAACUCUUGGAGUUAUUACAGGGGGCUUGUGCUCGGCACCUGGCCUCGGCUUGAGCCUCCAAGGACACAGACUACAUGGUACUGCCGGAGAGGCUGUGAGGAGAGAGAGCGAGGAGACUUGGUCUGCACCCCCAGUUCCCAAACCCGAAGCCUUCUCCUUCUAGGCCAGAGGACCUUCUAGGCCAGGGAGCCCCAGGAGCCAGGGGAAGAGGCGAGAAGGAGGAAGAUGAGGUGAGAUCUGAAGCCGGAAGCCUCUGACCUACCAGGGCAGCGGCUGGAUAAAUCACUCCCACCAGUCCCCGUCAGUCCCCGUUGUUCUCCCUCUCUUCCAGAUUCCCCCCGCCCCCCUUCUCUUCCAGGAAGGCGCGGAGCAUCGCAAACGUGUUCUCUAAUCUCAUCCCCAUCCCUUGAGGACAGAAGAGUCUUGUGGCUCACACCCCUGACUGCAAAUAAGCAAUACCUGGAGAAAUUUUAAGUAAUGCUGAGGGGGGCCCCUGCCCAGAGAAUUAGUGGUGAAUCCUGAACAUCUGUAUUUUUAUUUUUUUUAUUUUUAUUGUUUUGGU